UCCAGGGACCCGCCAGGCAUGGCUCGGCUGCCCGUGUGUAUCCUGCUGUUCGGCCUCUGCACCUGGCUGGAAGCUUCUGGAAAGAACUCGGCCAUCACCUCGGUGAACGGGAUUCUGGGUGAGUCAGUCACUCUUCCUCUGAAGAUCAAAAACCCACAGGAUGUGGAGAACAUUGCUUGGUCUUCCCCAGAAAUGUCUGUUGCUUUUGUACAACCCAAGUUCAGAGACGCACCCCAGGUUUCCGUGACUCACCAGAACUACUAUGGACGACUAAACGUCUCGAGGGACAACUACGACCUGGUCAUCAGCCACCUGAGGGCGGAAGACUCGAGGGUCUACACGGCCAACAUCAACACGAAACAUGGGAAAGAGACGGAGACGCAGCGUUUCAGCCUGCACGUGUACGGCCGGUUGGGGACAGUCACAAUCACUCGGAGUGUGACACCCAUCGAGAACGGCACCUGCAACGUCACCCUGACAUGCUGGGUGGAGGGAGGCGAGAACGUGACCUUCAGCUGGACACCCCUUGGGGCCGGGCCCGUCCUCUACCUCUCCCAGGGCCCUGGGGGCCACAAAGGGGCCGUCACCUGCACUGCGUGGAACCCGGUCAGCAGCAGCAACGCCUCUGUGAACGCUGAGUUGCUGUGUACAGACGCAGUGCCGGGGUGCGAGCUCUGCCGGUCCUGGGUCCUGGCGGCGGCACCCUUCGUCCUGCUGCUCGUCCUGCUGACCGCAGCCGUCCUGCUGUUUCUGCGGCACAAGGCACUGCGCCAGCGUCCCCCACAAGACACCAGCUCGGAGAAAACACUAUACACGCAAGUCAUGGUGUCCCAGCCGGCCGACGCCCGGGUCUACGACGACAUUCCCUGCUCUAAGAUGGCGCCCCCCAAGGAGGAGCUCAGGAUUUACUCCAUGGUGCAGUACUCAGAUAAGACACGGCCAGGCAGCCCCCCGGAGGGCGGAUCCUCGGGGAUGACCAACUACGCCAACGUGGUCUAGCCGGGGACAGCUGGACAGAUGGAGGGACACAGACACAGAUUCUACAAGAGCCCAG